AUGGCUCCUGAAAAGCAGCUUGUUCUCCGUCUCACAUCCUUCCGCUAUAAGAAGGAAGGUAUCUCCGAGAGGGACUUCCACGAGUACGGAACAAGACAGCAUGCACCCAAGGCUGCCCGCAUCCAGGAAAAGCAUGGCGCCAUCAAGGUUACCCACAUUUACACUCCAAGUAUCAGCAAAAAGCUCAUCACCGACAAGAUCCCCUGGGCUGUCCGUCCCGGCUGGAGCAUCGACGACCAUGACGUGUCGAUAUCUGUCUACGUGCCUGACCCCGAGACCUUGCAAGCAAUCGUCACGGAUCCCGAAUUCCAGAGCUUUAUUGCAAGCGAAGAUGAGAUCCUUGACCAGAAUCGGGCCCACGUAACUGCAGGCUGGGAGGAGGUGUUUAUUGAGGACGGCAAGAUUGUCGACAUCGAGCGUCCCACCUGGGAGGAACUGACAGCCAUGGGCCGGGACAGCAAAGCGACUUCUGCUCCGGCAGAUGUUCGUAUCUAG